AUGUAUGCCUUCUACUCUCUACUCGUUUACAUCUUUUACACGGUGUUUAAGAAAGAGGAGGAGGCUGAACUGGAGGGGGCAUGCGGGAGCUCCCCCAAGGAGCCCAGCCAUGUUUCCAUGGAAACAAAGAGCAAGAGGAAGGAUGGUUGCACUCCCAGGUUGAGAAAAAGGGGGUGUGGCCAACUGAGUGACACAAGCAGCAGUAGUGACAGCGACAGCCUCUCUCUGAGUGAUGAGGAUGAUGUUGAUGAUGAAGACGUGGGCGUCCCAGCGAAGACUCCCCUGGCGGCUUUCCUGUCCUUUAAACAGGAGACAGAGAAGAGGCGAGCGUCCAGCACCCACACGGACACAGGAGAGAAGGUGACAGAGUCUCCGCUGGUUACGGUGAUGUCGCACCUGUUGAGUUUCCUGGAGCAUUACUCUCACCUGCAGCAGCUGCAGCAGCAGGCGGAACAGUACCGUCUGCAGCUGCGCAGACACCGCGUCCAGCACCGUCGUCAGAUGAAAGCCCUGCGUGCUUCUUACCGCCAGCGGCUCAGAGACAAGAACGCCGUCAUCACCAGUCUGGAGGAGGUCAUCGCCCAGCAACAGAGCCCCACCACGCAUGAGCACGACGGUGAGAGAGCGCUACAGGGCGGGGCGUGGCUCGGGCUGCAUAAGUUGGUCCAGUCCCUGUGUGGGCUUCAGGGAGAGAGGACCCAGCUGAGAGGAGAACUGCGUCUGUUACACUCUCAGCUAGAACAGAGAGAACAGGACAAACACAGCAAAGUACAGGCCUUCCAACAACAGAUUGAUGAGCUGAAGAGCUGCAUUGAGGAGAGGGAGGAAGAGCUGUCCAAACUCAGAGUUGCGUCGGGAGCGACAGACUCUGAAAAACGAGUGCUGUGCUUGUCGGCAGAGAACGAGAGUCUGAAACACAGCCUGUCGAUGACUCAGGGUCUCCUGCAGCAGCUGUCUGUCAUUCCCUCUCAGUCCAGCACUGUGCUCAUUAAGGAGAAUGAGAAUUUACGCAGCCGUGUCGUGCAGCUGGAGGCCUCCCUGCAGCAGCGGGUGGAGCAGCUGUCUCGUCUGGAGCGGCAGAACGAGCAGUCCGAGUGGAGGAGAGGAGAGGAGCUGAGGAGACGAGAGGAGAGAGUGAAGGAGCUGCAGCUGGAGCUGGACAAAGAACGGAGCAAGGAGCCGCAGGUCAAAGUAAGAACCCAGACUGUGGAGGUGGAGUCACCUGGGACUCUAAGGCAAUUGGCUGAAGCUAGAGAGAAGAACGCACGAUUGGCCGAGAAGCUGUCCAGUCGAAGUGAGAGAUGCAAACGACUGGAGGAACAAAUCAGACGCUCAGAUGAAGUCAGCUGUAAUCUACAGCAUAAGAUUGCUGCGUAUGAGAGAGAGAUCGGGACGCUUCGUGAGGAGUUGCUGAAGGAGAUCGGUCAUCUGGAGGAGAAGAAAGAUGAAGCUGUAAAAGCAGCUGCCAGCUGCUCAGAGGAGCACCUGCACGACCUGCAGGACCAGUUCAGGACCUUACAGAAGCGUCUGAGCGCUCUUCCUCCCACUCUGCGUUCGAUGAAGACGGACUACGCCAGCCUGCGCAGCCAAGUUCGCAAUUUCUCUGACUUUUAUGGAUCUGCCAUUGCUGAGGCCAAGAAACAGAUUUCAGCAGCAAUCUGUGAGAUGUCAGAGGCCAACAAAGACCUUCUGGAAAAAUACAGGAAGGAGGUGGCGCUGCGCAGGAAGUAUCAUGAACAGCUUGUUGAGCUGAAAGGCAACAUCCGCGUGCUGUGUCGAGUGAAGCCUGUCCUGAAGGAGGACCAGCAUGAGGAAGGUCAGGCGGUCGUCGUGACAACCGACCCAAACAAUGAGUCAGCCCUAACAGUUCUGAACAAAGGUAAAGCCAGAACUUUCGAACUGGACAAGGUCUUCCACCCUCAGGCAACACAAGAGGAGGUGUUCCAAGAAAUUGAACCCCUGGUCACCUCUUGUAUAGAUGGAUACCACGUCUGCAUUUUCGCCUACGGCCAGACAGGAUCUGGGAAGACCUACACGAUGGAGGGCAGUGUAGAGAAUCCAGGCAUUAACCAACGAGCCCUGAAACAUCUGUUCAGCGAGAUCGAGGACAGAAAGGACAUGUGGAGCUACACGGUUAGCGUUAGCUCAGUGGAAAUCUACAAUGAGGUUCUCAGAGAUUUGCUGAGUAAGGACGGAGAGAAGCUGGACAUUAAGAUAAACCCAGAUGGUACGGGUCAGCUACACGUGCCUGGCCUCAGGGUCAUCGAGGUCAAGAGCUUUCAGCACAUUAAGAAAAUACUGGCCACGGCUCGGAGGAACAGGAUCACGUUUGGGACGCAGAUGAACCAACACAGCUCCCGUUCACACGCUCUGCUCACCAUCACCGUACUGGGAACAGACCUGGCAACUGGGGCGAAGACCUCCGGUAAGCUGAACCUGGUGGACUUGGCUGGUUCGGAGCGCGUCUGGAAGUCUGGGGCGGAAGGUGAGCGGCUAAAGGAGGCGCAGAACAUCAAUCGCUCCCUCCUCGCCCUCGGAGACGUGAUCCAGGCGCUCAGAGGACGUCAGACGCACAUCCCCUUCAGGAACUCCAGACUCACCUACCUGCUGCAGGACUCCCUGGGCAAAGGCAAUAAAACAGCUAUGGUCGUCCAGGUCUCGGCACUGGAGAGUAACGUCGGAGAGACCUUGUGCUCGCUGAAGUUCGCCCAGCGCGUGUGCAAAGUGGAGCUGGGCCCUGCGGCACGCAAAAUCGAGUCGGGAGGCGUGCACGGGGAAAACUGCUCUUAA